AACAGCAAGCAGUGCAUCAAGUUUGGUCAGGUGCUGCAGUGAUUUAUAAUUUCUUUCAUGUAAAUAAAGAGUGGAAUAAGGUAUUAAAGCAAUCUCUCGGUGCCAAUGGUCCUCAGCAAAUCGUUACUUAUAGAAAAGAAAUGAAAUCUUAUAUGAGAAGCGUGAUUCAUCAAAUAAACACUAUGAAUGAUACUAAUCAUAUUAAAGUAACUGUUCUAAAUGCACAUAAAGUUGGGAGAAUAAAUGCAGCAAAAGUUUUGAACAUUGAUGUGUCGUCUAUCCCGACAACCAAUAAUUGUAUUGAAUCACUUGAUAAUCAUCUCAAUAAAGAAUCUCUACGUCAGCUUCAAAGGCGAGGUACACAAUUACGAGUUGAUGUAUUGGUCAUGUACUUGGUUGAAUGUGUUACACCUAAUUUCAUGAAAAGACGGAAAUUCCAAAAAUCAUUGGAAGAGAACCUAAAAAUACAACAAACGAAUUAUAUAGAUCAACGUUACGUGGAACUUUUAAAAGCAAAUUAUAAAUAUUCUGUAUAUACGGAGCCUGAUAAAGAACGAGACGAUGAGGCCAAAAAAAUCGCAGCAUCAUUUCGGGGAAUUGUGAAAUACGAAUACACGGAUAAACUUAAUGUAUGGAUGGAAGAUAUUCCUUUGGUCACAUUACCAUCACGCGAAGUAGCAGAAUUGGAUGCUGAUGACGAUAUUUGGAUGAUUUCCGAUGAGACAGAAGAUGAUAGCAGUGAAGAGGUUAUUGAGAUCUCAUUGAAAACUGAUGAUAAAUUAAAAGCUACACAAAACAUUCCUACCAUAUUACCUAAUUUGAAAGAAACAUCGACAAAUGUGACAUCUUCAAAUCCCAAACAAGAUAUGCAGAAUACAUGUCGUUCAAUAUUAAAUUCACUUCAGUCAAUUUCGGAAACAUCAAAAUCUUUAGAUAAUGUCGCUUUAAAUUCCAAAAAUUCAAAUAAUGUUAAAAAAGGGCGAAAUCACUUUGAACAUGGCAAAAGAGCAUUACAAGGCUUAAUUCAAAGUGAUGAUUGGAAAAUUGCAUUGUUUAAUUUUCAAGCAUUGUUAACCGAAAAUCAACCACCAUCAAAGAAACCAAAGCUUGAUGUAUCAAAUGUGACAUAG